AUGUAUCGGCAAAUUCUAGUUGACCAACGCGAUGUUGACUACCAGCGGAUUCUGUGGCGAGAGUCUCCGGAACAACCAGUCAAUGAGUAUCAACUACUCACAGUUACCUACGGCACCGCUUCCGCUCCUUACCUCGCUCUCCGUGUUGUGCGACAGUUAGCGCAAGAUGAAGGCGCCUCAUUUCCGCUCGCGGUUCCGGUUCUCCUUUCGCAACUCUACGUCGACGACAGCGUGUUCGGCGCCGACGAUAAAAUUCUCGCGCGCCAGACUCGCGACCAACUUGUCGCUUUAUUAGAAAAGGGCGGUUUUCGCUUGAGAAAAUGGGCGAGCAAUUGCGAAGAUUUCCUAUCGGAUAUUGAUCCGUCCGAUCACGGUCUUGCCUGCUCAAAGGAGCUAUAUGAUGAUGAGCGAUUGAGCGUGCUAGGUCUCACGUGGGACCCGUGUCGCGAUGUCUUUCGGGUUAAAGUUUCCCUCCCGACACAUAUCUCGAAAACGAAACGCGAGAUCUUAUCGACCAUCGCCAAACUAUUUGAUCCGCUCGGUUGGAUCACCCCCGUCGUGAUUACCGCAAAAAUAUUUCUGCAAACCUUGUGGCAAUUAAAAUGCGAUUGGGACGACGACAUUUCCGGCGAUUACGCAACCGACUGGGAACGCUAUUAUUUGCAAUUAUCGUGCCUUCAUCAACUCAAAAUCGCGCGCUGGACGCGAUACGGCUCUCAUACCUUGAAAACGGAGUUACACGGUUUCUCAGACGCCUUUACGAAAGCUUAUGCGGCGGUAGUCUACCUCCGUAACAUUAACAUCGACGGAUCGGUCGACGUUUUCUUGCUUGCCGCGAAGUCCAAGGUCGCCCCUCUCAAAACAUUAAGCGUUCCGCGUCUCGAGUUAGCCGCUGCACAUCUUCUUUCGCGCCUCGUGCAGUUUGUUCAAACGACGCUUUAA